UCCGAUCUACACACACGCGGGACGAGCUCCCCCAUUUAUAUCCACCACUCCUCGCCGAUCGGAUCACGAGCUAGCGCGCCCCCUCCAUCGGAUGAACGCCGCAAACAGAAUCACCACUUGAUCAGGGAGCCAUGCCUUGCUUGGCGCAAGAGCUCCACCCCAGGCCGCCCGCCGCCGCCAGCCACUACUGCAAGUCCCUGUCGUCGCUCAUCCGGGAGACCUACGCGCACUGCCAUGUCCCCUGCGUCAGGGUCCCCGCCGGCGCCGGCUGGAGCUCCGGCGAGGACAGCGACGACGACGACAGCGGCCUCGACGAAGCGCUCGACACCAAGCAGGUGGUCCUCACCGAGAUGAGGAACCGGCAGAUGAAGAAGCGGUCGAGGUGCAGCCUGGACUCGCCGACGCUGCCGCUGUCGAGCGCGGCCUUCGCCUGGUCCUACACCCCGCUCGAUCCGAGGACCGUCAUCGAGAAGGUGUCGAGUCCCAAGACGUGCGUCGUGGUGGAGGGGACCGAGGAGAAGGCGAAGGAGAAGGAAGAGGAGGAGGCAGCCGGCGAUGACGGCGACUGCGACGCGGACGACGACGACGAGAGCGAGGCGUUCUUCUCGGUGAAGAGCUUCUUCACGCGCAGCACGAGCCGGGCGGCGACCGUGGCGUCGUCGUCGGCGGGCAUGAUGAUGGACCCGCCCGCGCCGAUGCUGCGGUCGCCCGAGGCGUGGGAGCGCUUCCGGGACUGCGAGGGCUGGCCGUUCGGGCUGUGCCGCCGGCCCGCCGUCCUCCCGCUGCCGCCGCUGCCCAGCACGCCGGCCGACUCGUGGAAGUGGCGCAAGAGCGCCAGCAGCCUCGCCGCGAGCCCGGCCCCUGCUUACACCCACAAACUUGCCGGUAAAUAACCGCAUCGGCAUCGGCAUCGCCAUUGGUUAGCCAAGAAGGACCUCGAACCGUCCGUCUUAGCAACGCUGCUGAGACGAGACGACGUUUACAAGAUUUCAGCUAGUCGACUGUGCGCUUGGUGAGUGUUGCCAGCAGUGGUGGCGCUUCUCGUAAUCUAGUCCUGUUCUUCCGGCCUCCUCUAGAACGCGGCAAUUUCAUAGGAAUUCUACAGGACACGAGACAUCUCUUCGAACGAAAUGUGGAGGUUCCUAGGAAAUUCCUACGAAAAUGUUGCAUGUUUGAGGAGGCCUUGGUCUUUAGGAGGAUUUUCAUCAGGUGUACGUGUUCUGAAUAAUAAACUCAGGUGUACUUUCAGGUCUUGCGAGUCGAAUGCUGCAGUUCAUUUGGUCUGUGAUCAGAUCCUCGCUCAAUCUUCAUCUAAAGUUCCAAGAAAUGAUCUUUCUUGUUCCAA